CGGGCUACAUAAACACUCUACCUGGGGUUCAUUAACCUUCUCGUCAUCGCACUGUGUUUUAUCGUAUUCAGGCUCUGACAUUUGUCUCUCGGCUCUCUGAUUCUCGCUCUCUUGCUCUGCCUCGCUCUCGAUCGAUCGAUCGGUCCUCUGAUUUUGGUUUUUCUGUGACGAGAGUUUGUCUGUCUGCCGACAUGUUGGCUGUGGUGCACAAGUCUGUGGCCAAAGCUCCGGAAGAGCUAGUUGCUCCUGAUAGCGGGAGCCCUGAUUGCCGAUUGUCAGGCGGAGACAUCUUGUCCGCCUACAAGAAGUCGUACCCUGAUGCUGUGGCGAUGCAUUUCGACGGGAAUAGUUUUAUGACCUUUUCUCACGCAAAACAAGCUCUGUUGCGUCCAAGAACUUUUUCUGGCGUGGAUGACAUUUACUGCAUGUUUGUUGGAAUGCUGGAAAACCUUCCUCAAUUAAGGCAGGCCUAUGGACUGUCAAAGAUGAUCACCGAGUGCACACUUAUUACGGAAAUGUACAGAGUCCUGCGUGAUCGAGGCCCCUACUCUGCUGACCAAGUAAUCAAAGACUUGUCCGGUGCAUUUGCGUUUGUUCUCUACGAUAACAAAACGAAGACACUUCUGGUUGCCUGCGAUCCGCAUGGUAAAGUGCCGUUUUAUUGGGGAAUUGCUGCGGAUGGAACUGUGGCCUUUUCUGACGAUGCGAAGCUUCUUAAACAAGCGUGUGGCAAGUCGUUUGCACCUUUUCCUCAAGGAUGCUACUUCUCUAGUGCUGGAGGAUUGCACAGCUUCGCGCAUCCUAAGGGCGAACUGAAGCCUAUUCCUAGAAUUGAUAGCCAGGGACAAAUGUGCGGUUCAACGUUUAAGGUUGAACAGCAAGUUCUGAAACCUAUUGGACAAGGCGUUGCUAUGAACUUUCCGGUCCCACACCCGCACCAUUAGAUAACUGGAUUUAUAAAUGAAUUUCUGCUACUUCAAGUCUCUCCUGUCAAGGUAGUGGCUGUAGUUAGAAUAUAAAUGCAAUGUUUCCAGAAUUCGCUGUGCAGUGACAAUUUUCUUGCACAUUUAGCUUCACACUUCAGCAGCGUAAACCUGUUCUGAAAGUGGCGAUCCAGAUUUUAUAAUGGGCAUCCUGACAUACUGUAGCAAUAUUGGGAGAUACUGUGAAAUCGGAGAUGGAUCAGUAACAUUUAUAUAUUACUCCUUGAACAUAGAUGAUUUUUGAGAUAUUUUUAAUGUAAAGCCGUAGAUAUUUUACAUGAAAACUCUCAUAUUCUCGCAA